AUGGACGCGGAGUACCCUGCGUUCGAGCCGCCGCUCUGCAGCGGCCUCAAGCAGCUCUGCCGGCGGCUGCAGGAGGCGUACCGCGAGCUCAAGGAAGACCUCGCGCCAUUCAAGGAUGAUCGCUACUACAGGCUGGCACCCAUGCGGCUCUACACGCUCUCCAAACGCCACUUUGUCCUCGUGUUUGUCGUCUUCUUCAUCUGUUUUGGACUGACCGUCUUCGUCGGCAUCGAGGGACCCAAAGUGAUCCAGACCUCGCCUGCUAAUUGUUCACAGAAUAAUAGCAAAAAGCUAAAGUCAGUUUUCCGUUCAAACCCGCUGUCCACAUAUAACCAACAACUAUGGCUGACAUGCAUUGUGGAGCUGGAACCCUCAGAAGAAACAUCUAUCCAAACCAGCUUCUCCAUGACUGUGAAAGUCGAUGGUGUGUCUCAAGAUGGAACCACAAUGUACAUUCAUAACAAGGUUCACAACCGGACGAGGACCCUCACAUGCGCAGGGAAAUGUGCAGAAAUCAUCGUGGCCCACCUUGGCUACCUGAAUUACACGCAGUACAGAGUGACUGUGGGAUUUGAGCACCUGAACCAACCCAUCAAGGAGAUGAACUUCACAUGGAAGACAUACAACCCUGCGUUUUCCCAGCUGGAGAUCUGGUUCCGCUUCGUGUUUGUGGUCCUCACCUUCAUCGUCAUUUGCCUGUUUGUGCAUUCCCUGCGCAAGUUCUCCAUGAGGGACUGGGGCAUCGAGCAGAAGUGGAUGUCCGUGCUCCUGGCCCUGCUGCUGCUCUACAAUGACCCUUUCUUCCCGCUCUCCUUCCUGGUGAAUAGCUGGUUCCCGGGGAUGCUGGAUGACUUCUUCCAGUCUCUGUUCCUGUGUGCCCUGCUGCUCUUCUGGCUAUGUGUGUAUCAUGGGAUACGGGUCCAGGGAGAAAGAAAAUGUUUAACUUUCUAUUUGCCUAAAUUCUUCAUCGUUGGACUGCUAUGGCUGGCCUCUGUUACGCUGGGAAUAUGGCAGACAUUUAAUGAAUUAAAUGAUCCCAUGUACCAGUAUCGGGUUGACACUGGGAACUUUCAGGGCAUGAAGGUUUUCUUCAUGGUUGUGGCCGCUGUAUACAUUUUAUACCUUCUAUUCUUGAUAGUGCGGGCGUGCUCCGAGCUCCGUCAUAUGCCUUACGUGGAUCUCAGGUUAAAGUUUUUGACCGCGUUGACCUUUGUAGUGCUUGUUAUUAGCAUCGUCAUCCUCUACCUAAGGUUUGGAGCACAGGUGCUGCAGGACAACUUCGUAGCAGAGCUGUCCGCUCACUACCAGAGCUCAGCUGAAUUCCUGUCUUUCUAUGGCCUGUUGAACUUUUACCUCUACACGCUGGCCUUUGUAUACUCUCCUUCGAAGAAUGCUCUGUACGAGUCCCAGCUGAAAGACAAUCCUGCAUUUUCCAUGCUGAACGACUCUGAUGAUGAUGUGAUUUACGGGAGUGACUAUGAAGAAAUGCCUCUGCAGAACGGCCAGGCCAUCCGUGCCAAGUGCAGGGACGAGUCGGACAGUGACUGAGCCCUGGGCAGCAGAUGGGACAGCAGGGGGCUAGAGGCCUGCCUGAGUGGUGCGUUCUGGCCCUCUCUUCUUCUGUUUGUGUCUGGACUCCUCUGCACGCAAAGGUUUCCUGUUCCUUAUUUGUUUACAUAUUUUUAAAAGAAAAACCAAAUGGAUUGAAAUAUAGGGCAGAGUUUGCUGUGAGGGUCGCCCCACUAUUUAAGAAAAGGGGCUGACUGGUGGAGAAUUCAAAGGCAUAUCCUUUACAUCGAUAAUCAGGUGAAAUGGAGCCUGUAUGCAGUCAUGAGGAGAAAUUACCCAUUUUUAAUAAAACAAAUUAUGUACUUUUUUUUCCUUUUUAAAAAGCAGUUGAGUCUGUGGGAGGCCUGAUGACCAAGGUCUCAGUAUGGCAGUGACAACUCUUUCCUCUAUGUGGCACCGUUCUUGUGUGCUCCACCCUCAAGGGAAGCCUAACCCUUGCCUGCCUCAGGUGGGAGAUCUGCGUCCAUCUUCUCCAGCACAUGGGGUGAUGAGUGUGCUGACUUCCAGGCAUCUGCAGUGAGGCUUUGAUUGUGAUUGGUGAGCACAUACAAGGUCAUUUUCAGGAAUGGCGGGUGGUCAGGUUCCUGUCCGUCAUUGCCCUUGAGCAGAAGUGACAGCGAAGUUGAGCUCAGAGUGGGCUGGGAGCCUGGAGGAAGCUAAGGUGGCUACAGGCCAGUAGCUAUGGGCAAGGUCCUUGUGUCAUGGUGCUUUCGGGGUCUGUGUACAGAUAGGAUUGGGUCUCCCUGUGCUCAAGGUGGAAAACGGGAUGGCCCUUCCCAGUCCAAGAGUUUCUGCAUUUCCACUGAGUAUGAAACCCCCAGAGAACUCUAUUUUUUUUUUAAAUGAAAGCUACAUGAAAUACAACUGUAUUAGAAAUUCUUUAUUGCCAGAAAGACUUCCUGUUUAACACUAGAAACUAAAAGAAAGAGAAAGUAAGGCAUUUUGGGUGGCUGUAGAGACAGCGUCAGAUGAGAGAGCGUGCCCCGAAGUCAGUCUGUGUCUGCAGUGUUGCUCUGAAGAACAGAUGUCACCUGCACUGGUGAUGUUCAGCAUUGGAAGUCCUGAGGGCCACUGCCUUCCCUCCCGCUCCUUGCAGUUUCCCCACACAGAACGUCUCUGUGAACACCUGGUAAAGGUCGCCAUCCUGCCUGCUUCUGUCUUGGCAAAUCCAGAGGCCAGGUUCAGGUAGAUCCUCUUCAGGCAACACCACACUCCCUUCAUCUAUGCACCGACUCAGAUUUCUGCUCUGAGCUGCAGGUUACUGUCUCUGUGGGCCGGACUCCAGGAAUGGCAGAGGCUCUUCAUUCUGCCUGUCUUCUUAAACUUCAACAUACUUUAAUAUGGAUUCUAUGUGCAUUGUUUUAAAAAACAAAAACUUGUAGAUAUGAAUGUUGGAAUAGAACUGUCAUUGCAAGGGUAAUGGGUUUACAUGAUUUUUUACACUUGCUGUGAUCACUGUGUCUGUUUGCAAAGAUAACAGAAGGGUUUGUUUCCAUCCCUUCCCUUGUAGCUACCACUGCAGCUGGCAUUUUAUGGACACUGACUUGUGCUGAUCCCAAGAUGUUCCAAUAUGUGAGAGUUUACAUGUUUUAAUCAUUAUAAAUAAGUCUCCAUGGUUUAUAACACUAUUUAUCAGUGUAAGAUAUUUUAAGCAUUUAAAGAACAGCAUCUGAAGUACAGACUUCAGAACCUUUAAAAACUGCCCUGUAGUAUAAUUAUAAGCUGAUCCUCGUGUCUAUAAAACUAAGGGAAUUUUUUUGGCUGUUGAAAUAGGAAUUACAAAGAAGCACUCCCUACUGUCGUGUCCAUCACGUAUUAUAUGCUGGGUAAUGCUCUGUUUACAGACUAAGACUUGAGUGUGUAGGUGGAAGCUGGGGUGUUAGGUUCAAACACUAAACUCCACCGGGGACUUUCGAUAGUAACCAGAAGACUGUUUUGUUCUGAGGAGAUUAAAAUUUUGUAAACCUAAGUUUACAAAGUUAUAAAUUCAAAGGGCUGACUAGUUCUUUCAGGGUAAUGGUUUGAAUCAUACUGUCUUUGGGGUAUUUUUUAUAUUGGUCCAAUCCAGGGCAACCUGGAAAGUGAUGGCUCCCAGAUUCCCCUGAGAGAGCUUCAUUAUCCCUGUGGAUAGUAAAUCUGCUUGAUUUAUUGUCAAAUCAUUGCAGCAGUGAUUUGGUGCCUUCAAGCCCCAUUUGAAAGGCUAGAGAAGAGGGUAUGUAAACUUACAUCUGAGGCUCUCGAGGCAGUCCCUUGCACACUUACAGACUGAUGUAGCCUAGGUGUGUAAAGCCAGCCAUCUGAGGCUCUCAAGGCAGUCCCUUGCACACUUACAGACUGAUGUGGCUUAGGUGUGUAAAGCCAGCCAUCUGAGGCUCGCGAGGCAGUCUCUUGUACACUUACAGACUGAUGUAGCUUAGGUGUGUAAAGCCAGCCUGCAGAUGAGCAGUUUAUAAAGCAAGUUUCACUAGCCUCAAGUGCUGAACCAGCGAAGGCGCCGUUAGGAUCAACAGGUUCAAAUAUGGUUACUGAUCUUUAUAGGAGAAACACAAGCACCCACUAAAGGGAGAACUAAGUCCCUCCAUGAGGAACAGACCUGAGACUUGACAUGUAUUUGUAUAUUUGAGGGUUUGCCUUAGUGGUUAGAUUGGGGGGGGCAGCCCCUUUUUUUUUUUUUUUUUUCCUCCCCAGGCCAAAGGGAAAUUGAUUUCGCCAGACACCUUGCUGAACGUUUCUCUUGGUGGUUUGGGUGCUUAGGUGCUACCAUUCUAUGAUAUAUCCUGUGACACAGAACAGGUUACUUCCAUUGUAUGACAGAGGGAUUUUCUGCUUCUGAAAACUACCUUUUUACAAAUGUCUGUAAAUAUCUGUCAAAUAAAAACACUAACCUCUAAGUCCAGAAGGAACACUGUUUGAACAAUCAGCAGAACAGUGGUGCCUGAGCAGUCAGUCAAAGAAUAAAUGCUUAUUUAUGAAAAACUAAAUAAACUUCACAUUUUGGGAUUUUA